UUAAAAUGGGCUUCUUAUGUUCACAUUGCUCUUGUUAGCUCUUCUUCACCGAGGAUUAUACUCAAGGAGUCGUCCAACCGGAAACUGGGCCAGUAUCAGCGCUUGGUAAAAGUCGUAUGGCGUCGUAAAUCGAAGGAAAGAAAGAGAAAUUCAAGCACAUGGUUAAGAAGAUGACGGUCAGACUAUUCUUUCAUUGGAUUAUCAGAAUAAUCGAGAAUCUACUAGCACCAGCCUCCAUAGCAGCGAUUGCUGUCCUUGUUUUUCUGCGUACUUUCUACACAUACAGAGACGGUAUUCAAUACUACUAUCUCUAUGCUAUGCUAGGGGACAGUUUAUGUUGGUCACGAGGAACAGCGUCAGUUUUGUACGUCAGCUGUUGCUUGAUCCUUCUUCCAAUGUGUCGCAAUGUGUUGUCGUUGAUCAGGAAUUUCAACAAGACUAUAACCCGUCUGUUUGGACGCCUAUUGGACAGAAACAUCUGGUUCCACAAGGCAUGCGCAGUGGUAAUCAUUGUUUCAGCUGGAAUUCAUAUCGGAGCCCACAUUGUAAAUGCCAAGAAAUUUUCUGCAAAUUACAGUCAUGAAUUUAAAGAUUUAAACUUUGCUUCCUAUCCUAAUCAGGAUCCACUAAAAAUUUAUCUAACUUCAGUCAGUGGAACAACUGGAAUAUUGAUGACUCUCGUUUUACUUAUUAUGAUCGCAACGUCUAUGGUUGCUGUGAGGCGCGCCUCAUAUGAGAUCUUUUGGUAUACUCAUCAUCUCUUCAUUGUGUUCUUUUUACUUCUGUUAGUCCACGGUCUCGGUGGGGUGAUAAAACACCAAGUGAAUUUGGAUGCUCACACACCCGGAUGUAAAAUGGCUGAAAAUAAGACCGAGAGUGCAAACACCAGUCAGGUGGCAUGGUGCUCAGAGGAGCCUCUCUUUCAAGCAGAUGAACCGGAGGCCUGGAAAUGGUGUGCUAUUCCUCUGGUAAUUUACGUAACGGAGCGACUUACAAGACUUUUCAGAAGCUUUCAGAAAGUUCAACUUAUUCAAGUGGUACAACACAGGGAUGGAGUCGUGGAAGUGAAAAUGAAAAAGCGGAAUUUUUCGGCAGCACCGGGCCAGUACGUGUUCAUCAAAUGUGCAGACGUAUCCAGAUUUGAGUGGCAUCCCUUUACGUUGACUCAGUGUCCGUCAUUAAAAGAUUCAACGUUCUCCGUUCAUUUUAAGAUUUUAGGAGACUGGACCGAAAAGUUUGCGGAUAAGCUAUUAGAGGCAAAAUUUGAUGGUGACCAGAAGAACUUGGCUUGUGUUGAACAAAACGAAGAGUAUUUUUGUUAUGUGAGGCAUUUUGUAAAAAUUGCUGUGGAUGGCCCGUACGGGAGUCCAUGUACGGACGUUUGGAGGUACAGCGUCAGUUUAUGUAUAGCGACGGGUAUUGGUGUGACACCUUUCGCUGCUCUCGUCCAGGAGCUGAGGGAGAAGAUAAGAACAGAGAAGAAACUAAAGAUGCACAGAUUAUAUUUUGUGUGGGUGUGUAAACACGUGCAGUCUUUUCUAUGGUUUGUGGAUCUUUUGCGCUCCACCUUUACUGAGCUUUGGGAUAGCAACAGACCAGAUUUCCUGAUAUGUAAUUUCUACGUCACUUGUUCACAUUCUGGGGAUCAGAUUAACAUUAAUCAGCAAGAUAAAUGGCUCACAGGCAGGUUGCACAAAAGUAAACCUUCUUGGAAAGCGCUGUUUGAUCGAGUCAGCCGAGAAAAUCCGAGGACCAGAGUCGGUUUAUUUUAUUGUGGAAGUCGAAAAGUCACUUCGACGUUGAAAAAGCGAAGCAAGCGGUUCUACCCAACUGGAACGAGAUUCAUCUUUAACAAAGAAAUUUUAACAUAGGAUAUUUUAAUAUAAUACAGGUAAUAUGUUUUAUCACUCGUUUUCCAUAUUCUGGUUCGCAAAGGAAAGAUAUGGUUAUAUAUUUUAUUUCAUUGUACCCACAGAAGAUAUGACAGAACAUCUUUAAAGGAAGCCUUUGUCAAUUCCGAAAACGCGAUCACUGUACUGUAAUUUUGUGUUUUUUAUUUGUUCUACUUCAACAUUUUACUAAUAUAUCCAGAUUGGGCGAUUUUCAA